AUGUCGAUGACUCGUGAAGAAAUCCGUGACCUUUGUGUCAAGUCUCUCGAAGAGAAAAUGGUAGGAACCGAGGAGAAGAAUGUGGAUAACGGAAACGGUUUCUAUCGAUAUUUCUUCACCAACUUCCCGGAUCUUCGUGUCUAUUUCAAGGGAGCCGAGAAGUAUACUGCUGAAGAUGUGAAGAAGAGUGAAAGAUUCGACAAACAAGGACAACGUAUCCUCUUGGCUUGUCACCUCAUCGCCAACGUCUACACAAACGAAGAAGUGUUCAAAGCGUACGUCCGUGAGACCAUCAACCGUCACCGUAUCUACAAAAUGGACCCAGCCCUCUGGAUGGCAUUCUGGACCGUAUUCACAGGAUAUCUCAGAUCGACUGGAUCUCUGACUGACCAACAGAAGGCCGCUUGGAUGGAACUCGGAAAAGAAUUCAACGCCGAGUGCCAAGAACAUCUCAAAAAUUCGAAUCUCCCAUACGUUCACUAG